AGAGCCACCCCAGUCUACUCAGCCCCGAGGACGCCCGCCGAGCGCGAUCCUCUACCCAGCCCACCCCCGAAGGCGGCCGCAGAGCGCAGCGCGACCCGGGCUCGUUGCAAAGGGCGGAAGAGACGCAGCAGAUCGUCGAAAGCAGCCGGGCGAGAAGAGGAGGCGGAGGCCGCGGUGGCUGCGACUCACUUUGGCUUCUGCCCGAACCUUUUGGAGCACACCGUAUCGGCCGAGAAUCUCAGUUACCGCCUGCAGAGGAAUUCAGGCGGCAACCUCACCUGGCAUGAUGGGCGAAGCCAGAGGACAGCCGGAGGGAGACCCGUCAAGCUCCUUCAGCAACCGGGGACCGAGAACUCCCAGAGCCGGACUUAUGAACACUAUGGGAUCUACCACACCAGCCCUACCUUAGGGAGCCUUACCAAGCCAGUGGUGCUAUGGACCCAGCAGGAUGUGUGCAAAUGGCUGAAGAAGCAUUGCCCGCACAAUUAUCUCAUCUACGUGGAGGCCUUCUCACAUCACGCUAUCACAGGUCGGGCCCUCUUGCGGUUGAACGGGGAGAAGCUGCAGCGCAUGGGGAUUAUCCAGGAGUCUCAGCGACAGGAAGUGCUCCAACAGGUGCUGCAGCUUCAGGUGCGGGAGGAAGUCCGCAAUUUACAGCUUCUCAGUCAAGCAUCGAUCUCCUUCUUCAAAGUUCUUUGGCCGCCCAGCUCGGAAAGCUCACCGGAUGGAGCUGUGCGUCACCAGGAGAAAUACGAUAGUGGACUUCGUUUCCCAGAAUUCCUCAGGCCGCAGGCCCUUGCAGGGAACCCUGGGAGUUGAAAUCGAUACUCGUCGGGCCAAUCCUCCAGGUUGGGAAAGCUGCCCCAGGACCUCGGACAGCUCCUGUUAACUUCCUUGGCCAAGUACAUUUAGUCCUCGACUUACAACACUUCGUUUAGUGACCAAGUUGCAACGGCCCUGAAAAAAAAGGGACUUAACGACUGUUGUUCACACUUACGACCGUUGCAGCAUUCCCCGCGGUCACAUGAUUUACAUCCGGCUACUUAGCAACCGACUCGUAUUUACGACGGUUGCAAUUUCCCGGGGUCACGUGAUCCCCUUUUGCGACCUUCUGACAAGCUGGAAGCCAGAUCCGCUUAACAACGUAUUGUUACCUAAUUUAACAAUGUGCGGCGAUUUACUGAACAGCCGUGGCAAGAAAAGCCGUACAACGGGGGCAAAAAUGCUCGCUGAAUAAAAUUCCCCCGCUUAAUGCAACGUACGUUCCUGGCUCCAUUGUGGUUGUAAGUCGAGGACUACCUGUACCCCAUUCCUGCAGGAAUGGCCGGCCAGAGGAACAUUUAUCCCAUGGCUGACCCGUCGUUUUGCUUCCAGCACAUGAUGCUCUGCCCCCUAAUGUUGCAAGGAAUAUGGUGCCCACACCCCCUACCCUUCGUGUGUCUCUUUCGCAUGCCUUGGUCUGUCGCUGCAGCUUCUUCUGUACUUAUUCCUUCUGUUCUUCUUUUUUCCUCCUUAACCCCCCCACCCCCACCCCUGUCUCCC